GAGCAGUGGAGACAAUGGUAAAUCCUGAAGGUCGAAAUAGGGAGAUAUAAUUUUUGUAGCAAGAAACAGACACGUUCCGCCAUGAUAUGUGGAGUCUUGUUGAAACCCUGCCUUGUUUUGACAAAGAGAGGUGGUAUGCGUUUUAUCGCUAAUUCCAUUAGCUAGCAUGUCGUAUCCAUUGGCUCAGCAGUAAUGUGUGUGUCGGUUGCAUGCCAUUGUGGGAAUACUGCGCUGUAUGCUUGCUCUGCACUGAAUUCUAGAAGGCCGUACAAAAUGGCGGCAUACCCAACUAAACACCAUAAUUGAUAUCAACAUGAUGUCCUAGACUAAAAAUUUUGGAAACUUGUCAAAUGACAACAGCUAGUUGGACCGAUUUUUGAGCCCUGUAAACUUAUAGGGCUGAACUGACUUCCGGUCUGGGGACUAUGUGGCUUGCUGGCUGGCUGGCUAACUAUGGGCACAUUUGUACAGUUCUGGAACUAGAAUCAAUGGGGAUGAACAAAUAACGUUUGUUUGAUUUGCUAAAAUUCUAGUUCUGGAUCCGCUGGAACGAUUCCAACAGUUUGAACUGUAAACCUGGAACUGUUGCAGUGGCCACGCCCUAUUAUUGUCUGAUUACUCAGAUGUUUCCGUGAGAACUUACACCUGACACUACCACCGACCUGUUCCUGACUUCAAGUGAGAUUCUAAGUCAGGAUUGGAGAUCAUCAGGAGUUUCUAGCAUCCCAAUUGAGCAGUCGACAUCCCCAGAAUCUAGCAAAGACGUUACUUGAAGUAGCCCUGUGGCGUCAGAUGGUCUGGACAAGACAAAAACUUUCAACUGGACCAGAGACUGAACUGAAGUGCUGCAACGAUAGCCACUUUGUCAACGGUUGCUGCCAUUACGUUGAGUCUGCGCGUGCUCAUGCAUAGCACAAUUCUGAAAGCAGAAUUAGCAUUCAAUUUAGCCUCUAGUUUUGUCAGUUCUAAUAGUUUUAAGACUCAUCGAACACGCUCUAUGUCUGUCACACUGCAGGAAUAUGCCAUGCCUCCUUUGUGUGGUCCAAUCACGAAGCAUUAAUGGACAAACAGUCAAUCCUCCGCCCAAAACUUUCAUGAGAGAGUUUCGUACCAGAACAGUGUAAUUCAUGUUUGCGAUUGCUAGGUCUAGUCGCAAAUAAACAACAGAACUUAUCUGUUUACAACUGCUGACUCGGAAUUGAUUGCUUUCUUGGUUUUACGAUAUUUGUAUGGGAAUCUAACAUUACAUAACCAUGAGCGAUUUAUGUCCCGUAUACAUGACUCUACUUCAACGACUACAGGCUAUAUACGGACUUUGCGGUCAUGCCAAACGACAGUCGCUAUGUACAAUUUUAAAUAAAUUUUACAGGUAGCAUGUCUAAAAAGAAGUUAGAGUGUUUAGUCGUAAAUUCUUUGCGACAAUUAAUCCUAGUGUACAUGGUGCUCAGGACUUUGAAGGCUCAUAGCUGUGGAAGCAAGGGUGUAAACACAGCUUCAAUUACUAGUAACUAAUUAAUAGUUAAGUUGUUGUGUUUAAGGUUGGUUCUAUGCUUUGUCAUUAUUUUAAAGUUUCUGUUUGUUGUCAGCCUAGCGUACACUGUUCAGUAGGUGUGAUGUCUGUGAUUUGGUUUUCUAGUGAUGCUUAUCCCAGUAUCAUUAUUCUCAGUCUUGCACGUUACUAAUUUCCUCAAGAGUGUAUGUCAACAUUUCCCACCUUCAAUUGCAGAUCGUGUGAACAAAAUAUCACAGAUUUUGGAUGCAAACUCCGUACAAAUUUACAGAAUCAUUGCAUUUGCAGAAGUUGUCACCUUCCCUGUCAUUCUGGUUUCUGUUUUCAUUGGGAUUGAACCUCUUCUCAUUCCAAUAAUGCAUUACCAGUUUCUUGUUUUAAGAUAUCGAUCAAGGAGAUUUCCAUACACAAGGUUUAUGUUUGCUGAGUUACGAGUUUUCAUUGAACAAAUUGCUGCUCGGCCAACUUGUCCAUCUUUCAUAAGACAGUUUCUAACUGGUUUUAUAAAGUUGGUUAGCCGACUGGCCCCAGCAGCUGAAUACAGCAUGCCAGAAAGGCCAUAGGGUAAGGAUAGACAAACUAAUAACAAGUGAGAUUCGCUGUCAGUUUCGUUUAUGAUAUAUGUUAGUAGAGGCAAGUAACAAUGUUAGCUGUGUACUUACAGUAUGUUCAACACAGUUUCCAACACUAUAUUUGUUGAUGUAUCAAUCUGCAGAAAUGAAUGAUGUACUUAUAUUGUA